AACGCCAGGCAACGAUAGCAGAUUCAGCAAUCACUGAGCUAAGCUAACGAAAGGUAAUGAGUGAGAAGAUACUAAUGGUGUGCACAUUGUGUGCAGUUUUAGUAGUGAGACUGGAAGCGCGCUGUUUGGGCAGACCUCUACCCGUCCUGGACGACGAGGCUGCAUUGAAAAACCGCGAACCAGCCUUCAAGAACCCCAAGCCAGGAGUGCUGAUGAGGGCGCUGUGGCGAGGCGGGGCGGGGCGGACAGGACGUCCCAAGAGACGCCCCCGGAGGCGAUGGACGUGUCCGCGGAAGACGUCCAGGUGGAGAGGCCACGAGAGGCCUGGACGCGCGAGAUGCAGAUGCAAGUCAUCACCAUACGUCUCCUGGGGAGGCUGUGGCGACUCCAGCAGGACAGGCGGUCCCGCGGUCCUCCCCAGGAGGCGGUGGAGGUGUCAGGCGAAGUCCCGGAGGAGAGCGCGCCUGAGGCAUGGAGGCCGGAGGAUCUGGUCUUCUAUGCGUCGAUCGUUGUCGUCGCAGUGGCCAUGGCGGGGCUGCAGCUGGCCUGCGUUCGCCUGUUCGAGGAACAGCAGCGCCGGUGGGAUGCCCCGAAGGACGCCCCGUGCCAGGUCUAUGUUGAACGUACGGUGGCAAUGCAGCUGGCCUGCGGUUGCCUCACCGAGGAGGUCCAGCGGGGCCAGUGAGCCAGCAAUGCAGCUGGCCUGCGGUUGCCUCACCGAGUAGGUCCAGCGGGGCCGGUAAAGCCGGCAAUGCAGCUGUCCUGCGGUUGCCUCACCGAGGAGGUCCAGCGGGGCCCGCGAGCCGGCAAUGCAGCUGUCCUGCGGUUGCCUCACCGAGGAGGUCCAGCGGGGCCAGUGAGCCGGCAAUGCAGCUGUCCUGCGGUUGCCUCACCGAGGAGGUCCAGCGGGGCCGGUAAAGCCGGCAAUGCAGCUGGCCUGCGGUUGCCUCACCGAGGAGGUCCAGCGGGGCCAGUGAGCCGGCAAUGCAGCUGUCCUGCGGUUUUCUCGGGGUAUCUCCCACUGGACUGUUCAUUACUUUGAGCUAAACCUCCAUACCGCCUGGUGACUAUUGCGAUCUCUGAAAUUGAGGAGAUUCGUUCGUAGUACCGGACGGUUUGGCUACGAAUUGAAUUGAAUUGAAUUGAAUUAAGAGGUUGUGGACUCUGCCCCCCCUCAUCUUUGGGCCAAUGGGUGGCAACGAUUGUUGGCAAUAAGUCGGCCAGCUGGUUUAUUUACAGUUGAGAGCGUGAGCUUUGCCGCCAUAAGCUCCAACAACGGCUAAGAGGGCAGCAGGUCGGGGGUUUAAAACCCACUGCAGUAAGCAGAGACCUGACGGUCAAUAGUACCGAUAAACUGAACAGUCCAUUGUCCGGCACAUAAUGACACAAGAACAGAAGAAAUGGUUCGAAGAACUAUUGGAACCUCCUAGUGCGCCUUUUCAAGGCGAUUGGUCAGAAAGACGGAAGGCAAUGGCUGAUGCCAUAAUUGGAAAAAAUCUGGAUGCAAAGAAAAUUACUGUAUUGGUGGACAAACUGCUGGAACCAAAUAUUAAUUUGGCAAGUAUUGGAACUCCUGGUCGAGAAGAAAGAAAAUGGAUUGUAAAUAUAUGGCCCAUUAUCCAUGGACAAGAUCGUGCAGUCGUAGGACUAAUGCUAAAAGAUAUUUUGAGUGAAGAAAUGCAGAAGAAACAUGCUGAUAAAGAUAUUAGUCAAACUGAAUCUUUAAAUUCAACAAACUGGGAUGAGCAACAAUUGUUAUUUCAAGCUGAAAAACUUGUUAAAGAUCUUACUUACUACUCAACUACUGAGAUUUCUAAGGUAAUCAAGAGUGCUACAAACUAUAUGCUUCCAAGAAUUGUGGAAUUAAAAGGAUUAGUAGACAGAGUAUUACUUGAUAAUGCAAAAAUGAAGGGUAUUAUUGAAACCCAACAACAGAUGGCCUCACGAGCUGUUACUGCUGGACCAACUUAUUCAUCUACCUUGAUAAGUGGGAAAAUUGACGAAACAACAGAAUGGCCUAUGUUGAAGCCAAAGAAGGAAAUUGUGUUUGUUCUUCCUGAAAAGGAAGAUCAAACAAGUGAAGGUACAAAACAGGAUCUUCUAAGAAUAAUUAAUCCUAUCAAAGAGAAAAUGCAGUUCCAGAGUAUUCGGAAGAUCUCAAGAGGAGGGAUUCUUAUAGAAUCUGAAGAUAAGGAAACUAUUGCGAAAUUAUUGAAGGAUGAAAGAUUCAAGAAAUCGGGGAUUCGGGUUGAAAAACCUAAGUCAAGGGGUCCAAAAAUUAUAAUUUUUGAUGUGCCCAAAGAGUAUGACUCUAAAAAAUUUUCAGAAGACCUUUAUGAACAAAAUCUCUCAGAAAUGGAUACUUCUAAGGAAGAGUUUAUCAAAGAUUUCCAAGUAAGAACUAAACGUGUACAUAAGGAUAAGACAGACAGAAUACACAUGAUAGUAGAGAUAACACCUAAAAUAAGAAGUCUUCUGAAGAGAAAAUCAUCUAUAUAUAUUGGAUUUUCAUCAUGCCAUUUUAAGGACUUCAUAUCUGUAUCUCGCUGUUAUAAAUGCCAAUCAUAUGGUCAUAUAGCCUCUAAAUGCCAUGGAAAUUUAACCUGUUCGAUAUGCAGCGAACAGGGACAUAAAUAUCAGGAAUGUGGAAAGAAACAAGAUAGUGAUAAAUGUAUUAAUUGUAGAAAGGAAAAUCGGGAAUAUUGUCACCGAAUAGAUUCUACGGCAUGCCCGGUAUAAAAAAGGUUUCUCAAAAAAGAACAAGAAAAGAUAACAUAUGAAUAGACAACAAAUUAUUAAAAUUGGACAGUUGAACAUGCAAAGAUCUGCUGUAGUAACUAAUGAAUUAAUUCAAAUUGCUCAAGACAAGGAUCUUGAUAUUCUAAUGCUUCAAGAACCAUAUUGUGUUCGUGGGAAGAUUGUUGGCAUACCUGGCAAGAUAAUAUGUGCAGGUGAACAUCCUCAAGCUGCUAUUUGGAUUCGAAAUCAAAGAUUAACCUGUAUGCCAUUAGCAGGACUGACAAAUCAAUGCCAUGUAUGUUUAUUAGUUGAUUGUGGAAUCUUUAAGAUUAAUCUGGUUUCUUCUUAUUUUAAAUUUUCAGAUGAUAUAUCAGUAAAUCUGGAACAUUGGCAGAAGAUAAUGGAUGUACUUAAGAAAUCUAGAGUAUUAUUCUCUGCUGAUUUAAAUGCCAAAUCUGCAUUAUGGAACUCUCCUAUUACAGAUGAUAAGGGAGAAGAAGUUAACAAUCUACUUAUUGCAAAUGAACUAGAAGUAUUAAAUAGAGUUGGCACACUCCCUACAUAUGUUUCACCGGCAUGGGAUACUGAGACUUAUAUUGAUGUAACUAUUUGCGACAGAAGGACUUAUCCUAAGAUUUCGGAGUGGACUGUAUGCCAGGAGAGUAGUAGUGAUCAUCGAUUAAUUCUAUUUCAAAUAAACCUGGAUGCUGAAGAUGUAAUAUAUCAAGCCUAUAGGAAAAGAUACUCUCAUAGAGCUAUUAACUGGCGGUUAUUUGAUAAGGAUUUAUGCAGAAGAUCGCAAAUAUUACUGGAAGAUACUCCUGACGAUAUAGAAUUAUUUGUUCAUAAUGUAACUGCAUUAAUAAUUGAACUAUUUGAAAAAUAUUCUAAAGUUUUGCACCCCAAAAGCCUUGAACAUCCCUGGUGGGAUGAUGAACUUGAGAAACUAAGGAUCAAACUUAAAAAUUUAAGAAGAAAAUUGAAACAGAUGUGGACUUAUGAAGUAAUGCACACACUUAAAGAAAAUUAUAAAGAUACGAAGAAAAAAUACAAGAUGUUAAUUAGAGAAAAAAGAUCAUCUUGGCUUAAUUUAGUUACCAAGAAAGGAAAUGACGAUCCUUGGGGUGUAAUAUAUCGACUAUGUGCUGAGAAGAAUAAGCUUCCUACAGAAAUACCAGGCCUUGUUGUUGAUGUAUUACAGAUAUGCUCUAUAUCAAAGAAUUUAAAAAUUAUUCUGGAUGGACUUCUACCGGAUGAUUGUUCUGCAGACGAGGAUGAAUUAUGCAAA